AUGAGCUCUUCGGACGACGAUGCGCCGCUUGCCGGCACCAGGAGGACCAACGGAAGCAUUCACAAGCCUCCGUUGUCCAGUGCUAUCGUGCCCAAGUCCACCAACCUCUCUGCGUCUGCCAACGGAACCACUCAGCCAGGAAUCUCGAUCCGCUAUGGCCCUGCAAAGGACAACGAGGUUGACAUGCAGGAUGCGGACACUAACGGAGCCGCGCUGUCGAAACGGAAAUCUAGGUCCAGUGCCGGUCGGCCUUCGUAUGCGGAGGCGGAAAGCAGCGCAGAGGACGAUAAACCAUUGAGCAAGCGUCGUCGGACCGUACCAAAAGAAGAGCCCUCUGACUCGGACGAGGCGCCCCUGAUAUCUCAAGCUAAGAAGGGGAAAAGGGCGCUCAUCAACUCCGCAGAAGCUAAGAGACUCGUUGCUGAAAAAGCUGAUAUCGAAAAGAGCGCUGAAAAGGAGGCUCAGUCCCUCAGACAGCAGGAUCGCCAGGCAGCGGCUAAGAAGAAAGAGGCUGCAAAGGCUGCCGCCAAACCUGCAAAAGCAAAAGCAAAAGCAGUCACUGUAAAUGGGAAAAAAUCUCAAGCUAACGGUAUCAAAAAAUCAGAAUCUAGCGAUGAAGAUGUUCCUCUUGCACGCAAGGCUCCUGCAAAGAAGGCCACCACCACGCCUGCAAAAAAGGCCAAGCCCGUUGCAAAGAAAGAGCCCAGCGAGGAAGCCGAAGCUGAAGAGGAGGAAGCCGAAGAGGAAUACAGAUGGUGGGAAGAUCCAUCCAAAGGCGACGGCACCAUCAAAUGGACAACUUUGGAGCACAACGGAGUCGUGUUCCCACCACCUUAUGAACCGCUUCCAAAGGACGUGAAAUUGAAAUACGACGGUGUCCCAAUCACCUUGCAUCCCGAUGCUGAAGAGGUAGCCUCACACUUUGGAACAAUGCUCAACUCUACUCACAAUGUCGAAAACCCCAUCUUCCAGAAGAAUUUCUUCAACGACUUCCAGGCAAUAAUCAAGAAAACUGGCGGAGCAAAGGAUCCCCAGGGCAAACCUAUCCAGAUCAAGGAGUUUUCCAAGUGUGAUUUCACAACCAUUUUUGAGCACUACGAAAGAUUGCGCGCUGAAAAGAAAGCCAUGAGUGCUGCUGAGAAGAAGGCAGCCAAGGCCGAAAAGGAUGCCGCCGAAGCCCCGUAUAUGUAUUGUAUAUGGGAUGGGCGAAAGCAGAAGGUUGGCAACUUCCGCGUUGAACCUCCGGCUCUCUUCCGUGGUCGUGGAGAGCAUCCAAAAACUGGCACAGUGAAAACUCGUGUCAUGCCCGAACAGAUUACGAUCAACAUCGGCAAAGAUGCACCCGUCCCGACCCCUCCCGAGGGACAUCGUUGGAAAGAGGUUCGACAUGACCAGGAGGGCACAUGGCUGGCCAUGUGGCAGGAAAAUGUUAACGGUAACUACAAAUAUGUCAUGUUAGCUGCCAACUCAGACGUCAAAGGUCAGAGUGACUAUAAGAAAUUCGAGAAAGCUCGAGAGCUCAAGAAACAUAUUGAUCGAAUCCGCAAGGAUUAUAAAAAGGGCCUCAAGGAUGAGCUCAUGGUCAACCGGCAACGAGCUACAGCCGUCUACCUCAUCGAUCAAUUCGCUCUCCGUGCUGGAAACGAGAAAGGCGAAGAUGAGGCAGAUACUGUUGGCUGCUGCUCUCUCAAGUUUGAACAUGUUACAUUAAAGCCCCCAAACACCGUUGUUUUCGACUUCCUCGGAAAGGACAGUAUUAGAUACUACGAUGAAGUUGAGGUCGACGCACAAGUUUUCAAAAAUCUCAAGAUAUUCAAAAAGGCUCCAAAGAAGGAAGGUGACGAGAUUUUCGAUCGACUCACGACAUCGGCUCUCAACAAGCACCUAUCGAGCUACAUGACUGGACUUACUGCCAAGGUAUUCCGUACGUACAACGCCUCUUACACUAUGGCAACGCUUUUGAAGAAAAUGUCCGCAACCGGGACCAUUCCAGAGAAGGUUAAGCAGUAUAACGAUGCGAACCGUGAGGUUGCUAUACUUUGCAACCAUAAACGUACCGUUGCCGCAGGACACGCCAACCAGAUGGAAAAACUUGGUGAUCGGAUCAAAGGACUACAAUAUCAGAAAUGGCGAAUUAAACAGAUGAUUCUUGCCAUUGAACCCAAGAUGAAGAAGAAGAAAGGUGCAGCGUAUUUUGAGCUAGAUGAAGACCUGGACAUGGAGUGGAUCAAGGAGCAUCAGGCUUUCCUUGCAGAAGAACUUCGCCAGAAGAUACGCAAAAAGUUCGAUAAAGAGAACGAGAAGCGAGUCGCCGACGGAGAAAAGGAGAUGAAAGCUAAAGAGCUCGACGAACGGCUGAAGGCUGCUGAUGAGCUCGAGGCUAAAUAUAAGAAAGAGAACAAAACCAAAAAGGUGGAGGCCGAGGGCAGGGGCCCAACUGUCGAGAAGUUCGAAGGUCAGAUUAGCAAGAUUGACCAGCGCAUCGAGAACAUGCUUCUUCAAGCCGAAGACAAGGAGAAUAACAAGGAAGUUGCCCUUGGCACAUCGAAGCUUAAUUACAUAGAUCCCCGCUUGACUGUGGUUUUCUCUAAAAAGUUCAACGUCCCGAUAGAGAAGUUCUUCUCGAAGACCAUGCGCGAGAAGUUCGACUGGGCUAUCAAGUCAGUAGACGAGGAGUGGGAGUUUUGA